AUGUCACCAGAAGCCACGGUGGCUCUUCCUGCCCAUGCAAUCACAGCAUCUGAGCUAACCGCAACGGAGAGCGACUGGCUGCGAGCUGAAAAGGCUAAUACUGAAUACCAACGUCAGGUUCCCAAGAAUACUAUUUUGUAUGAGCUAAACAACUGCAGCAACCCCAUGUGGUACUACAGCUAUGAAAGUGGAUCGACUAAAGCGCAACGCCGAAUGAAGCAUGUACUGGCUGCUUAUGAGUGCGACUAG